GCCGCCAGGCGCAGCUGUAGGUUUGCACGCUGUUAAACCGAUUGUGAGUAUUAGCUUAGUAAAAUUAUAUUGUGACUUGUGAUAAUUCAAAUACUUAUCAACAACAGUUUAACUAAACAUUGUUAGAUAAUAGUACUUGGAUCAUUCUUCAAUACUUAAGUUAUUUCAUAAUUGACAAACAAAUGACGUUAUUAUAAUUGAAUAUCAAACACAAUGAUGAUGGUGAUAAUGAUUUUUAUUUUUACUGUUGUUGUACUGGUUAUGUGUAGUAAUAGUAGUAGUUGCAGAAGUAGUUGGUUUGCUUUUGGUAUAUUGUGUGCUGGAAUAGGGGUAAGCAGAAGGAAACAGUGGAGUGAAAUUGUUCAGUGACUCAUAAGAUACAUUUUUUCUAGAAGAAAAAUGAAUCAGUCUUGCUCUUUGGAUAACAGCACAUAGGUCUGAAUGUGAAACCUGAAACAUUGUAAUAUUCAUCAAUUUUAAUUACAAUUUAGCAAUUAGCUAAAGCCACUUACAACAGUGCAAGCACUUUCAACAUGGUAAGUUAACACCAACAUUUGAGACUUUUGCAGAAAACAACCAGUGUCUGCUUCCUGAUUGGGGAAGGUCAUUCCACAGCCUGGAGACAAGAGCAGAGAAGAAUCAGGGAUGCAAGGGGCAGUGGGAGGAUGUCUUAAGAGAUCGGGCAGCCAGAUGACAAGAGACUGAAACCUGUCUGGUUUUAAUUGAUCUUCUCAACGGCAAUCUGAGACAAGAGCGCGGGAAACGUCUUCACAAUCAGCGGUCUCGAGAUUAGAACUCAACGCAAUCUAGCUAAUCCUGAGGAGACGCGAGAACGUUGCAACACUCAUCCAAGAUUAUGGAUACAACACGGGGUCUAAAGGAAAAGCCCAGGUUUGCCUCCCCAGUUGCUCGAGGUGGGCAGAAUGAAGGCGAGAGGAAGAACCAGAUCCAAAAAGAGGAAAUGAUCAAAAAAACAAAAGAAAGGGAAGAGAAAGAAGGUCCAGAGGGAGAAAGAGAAUCUUUUCAUGCCUCAGGAAAAAAAGAGUUUGAAACGGGAGAGGUUUUGGAAUGCAGUGAAAAAUCAGAGAUAGGCAAGGGUAAUAGAAGCACAAGUGUAGAGCCAAAACAAACAAAGAUCUUAAAAUCAGAGAAGAAAAAUCUGUCUGCAAAAGAGGUGAAAGGUGGAAAGUUUACCAAAGCUAAAAGAAAGAGAACCAUAGGGUGUGUUGCGCCAGAUGAGAAUCUGGAAGCAGAAGAUGCAGAGUCAGGGGUCGUGCAGGGAGAUGGAGGGGGCGUGGCUGAAUGUAGGGAGCAGGAGGCCGACACAGGGAACUUGCUGGAGGAAAAGAAACCCAUGCUGUCAGGAGGAGCCCAAAGCUCAACAUCAGUGGGGAAGAAAAGCAAAACCAAGAAGAAGGAUUUGGGGGUAGAAGUGCAGGAGGAGGAAGGGAUUAAGAAAAACAAGAGCAAGAGUAUGAGAGCAGAAGGAGGAGAUAAGGAGAAGCGGAGAGGGAACAGUGUGGAGUCCAAGCAGAAAGCCAGCCAGGGAGCUACGACAGGGCUAGGGAAGGCCAGGGUGCAAAGUGUCAUCAAGAGCCAGGACCCCCAGCCCAUCAGCUCCCUGCUGUCUGACAGCCAGUACAAUGAGAUCUUCGAAAGUGUGCUGGACUCCUCACUGGAACACUGUCUGGAGGAUGCCAGGGCAGUGCUGAGUGAAGUGGAGUUGUUGCAGGCCAGUAUUGGCAAAAGCUGUGAAAGCAGUGCCAUUGGUGGAAACUGGGAGGGAGAGCUUGAAUCGAGCCAAUCCGGCAGGAGCAGUCGGGGCACUGGUCAGGGAAAGAAAAGAAAACUACAGGAAAAGAGUGUGGAGAAGACCAGUGGCGAGCAAACUGAAGAGUGUGAGCAGGAGCCCAAAAAAAGCAACUGCAAUGGAGAUGAAUAUGACUUGUGGGCCCAGUGCAGCAGAAACAGCUGUAAGAAGUGGAGGAAGCUGAAGUGGCACGAGGACCUUUCAGUUCUGCCGGCAGACUGGGCCUGCUCCCAGAACACCGACCCCCAGCACAGCAGCUGCGACUGCCCGGAGGAGAACUGGAGCGGCAGUGAGGAGGACCUGGUCCACAGCAGCCUGGUCCCUGGAUCCAUGGUGUGGGCUCAGCAACCCGGCUUCCCCUGGUGGCCAGCGAUGAUUGAGUCUGACCCAGACGCCAAGUCAUCCUUCCUUUUCAAGAACAAGACGGAGAAAUCCCCUUCCAAGUACCACGUGACGUACUUUGGAGAGCCGGCCACCCGCGCGUGGGUGUCUGCCUGCAGGGUGAAGGCCUUCCACGCUCUCUCCGAGGAGGCCGCGUCGAGCAUGGUCAGGCAGCAGAGCUACAAGAAGAUGUUCAGCGUAUCGCUGAACAUGAGCAGACAGGCAGAGAAACUUCCUCUAAAGCGGAGACUGGCAAAGUUUGGGUUUUUGAGCCGGUACCAGGACAGCAGAAUCUCUGUGGGGGACAACAGCACAGAAAGCAGCGAGGGGUACUCUUGUGAUGAGGAGGAUUUUGCUGGCACAUCUAAGAAAAGAUGCAAGAAAGGAGCAAAGCCAGAAGCUAAAAAGAAGGCGGCCAAACUUCCUUCGAACUGCCAGAAACAGAAUGGCCGAAAUGGACCAAAGCUGAACAGUAAUAAAGAGCUUGGGAAAAAGGAGAAGGGAAAGGAGGAGGAGAAAAAGAAAGCAGCGAAUACACUGUUCCCUGGACCAAAAGAGAAGAAAGCUGCCAGCAAACCAGAGUCAGCAGGGGAGGCCGAGCUGGGAGCAGGAGGAGAGCGAGCGGAGAAGAAAGUGCUCACUCCUUCAUUCACCAAGCCGAAGGACAAGAAAACCACAGACAAACAAGCGCUGCAAGUGGAAAAGCCCCAGCUCAAAGUCAGAGAGCAGACCAUCCCAGGUAUCACUGCUCCCAGAGGUCAGGAGGGGGGAGAGGGAGAGAGGGGCUCGGAAAGUACAGGAGAGGACAGGAAAGCCGGAAAGAUAAAGGAAAAGGAUGAUGGGGUCAAGAGAGAUGUGGAAAAGGAAGGGAGUGGAGAGGAGAGGAAGAACAAAAUACUGCCGGAGGUGAAAAGGGAAGGGAGCGUGACAAAGGAGGACAGAAGAGGGAGCGCCACUGAGGGAGAGAUGAAAGAAGAGAGUGAAGGGGAGGCACUGGAAGAGGAAUGCACGAAGAAGACAGAGAAGAGCGCUGCAUUGGAGGACCUGACCGGCUUUCUGGAGGAUGACAUGGAGAUCCUGAACUGCCAGCAGGAGUUUCUCAAUGAUGUGGGCACUGAGGAGGAAGAGGACGGAGAAGAGUUUAAUUUAAUGCUGUUUAAGGGAGUAAGGGCGACUUACCUUCCUGCUUGACUUAAACGAUAAUAUUUGGUUCUUAAAGAAUGGUUUUAUGCAUUAUUUAUAAUCUGUGUUUUGGCUUGUGACGAGAAAUAAAAUAUUGAGUUAUGAAUUGUGAAA